AAAAAAGACAGUCGACUUUUCCCGCAAGCGGGAAGGAUUUAUGCACUCACAUCUUCAACGAUUUGUCAGACACGACGUCGUAAUUUUCACACAGAUCGGUUCUCUCAGCUCAGCUGAGCGAGCUCAAAUUCCAUCUCAAAUGAUAUUGUGUUAGAAAUCAGACUCGCUGCGUGUUUCAGUAUCAACAUGGACAGCGCCUUACCAACCGUAGACUAUUUCCCUUCACGGAUCCCACAAGACCCUUUAAAAUCCGCUACUGACAGUCUUUCUGGCUGAUCCAUUACUUCUUGGAAAUUACGAAGCGAGGAAUAUCUGAGAGGAUGAAUGGCUUCCAAUUUCGGCAUGUGAAUGACUAGUCCUAACAGUAGCAGCGGCUGUCUGCGUGCAGGGAAUGGGAACUGUAACUUUGACGCGGACAUGGACGUUACCAGUGAUCGCCGCAAAGCCCUCGAAUCACGACUGGAGAAAUCUAACCAGCGGCCGGACACGCUACAAUAAGGGCGGCAUGGAAAAAGGAGAAGUAAUUUCCUGAUGUAAUGAAAAGGGCGCAGGGUAAAAGACGCUGUAACUAGCUACUCCAGUAAAUGCUGAAAUUCUUAUCGUAGUUUCCAAAUUAUUCAUCUACUGAAGGUUUUGGUAUGAAAACGUGUUUCGGGUAGUCUCUACUGACGCAAAAGCGCUGAUAUUUCAACCGAAGCCGACAAGGCGAGAGAACGAUGUUUCACUAUCAACGAGAGAAAAUUAAAAAGGAGGAAACACCCCCAUUGGAGCAAAUGAGAAAUCAAUCAACCGGUGGGAUCUAGGCGUAGCCGGGACGCAGCGGAGUCAACAAGUCUGCAACACCAAGUACGUCUGCGGGUUGUUAAACCUGGCGAGCUCCGCGGGUACAGGAAACACUGCGAUUGUCGGCAGGCUCGUUUUGGCGCUGAUUCAUGGAAGCUCGUAUCCGCGUUAGCAGCCCGAUUGUCACGAUAAUGAUGCAACAAAGCAAGACUAAUUUGUUGCCUUCGGUGAUCGUACGGCGUCGUAAAAUAGCUUCUAAUAUUCCGCGGUAAUCUCUCGUCUGCAAGACAUCACAGGACCGCUUGUCUCCACUUAUCCCCAGGCUUCUCAGACGGCAAUUAUUUCCUCCUGCUCCAAACGAUCACCACAAAGUUCGUGAAUAUCACCAUAACGUAAGGCUCGAGCCUCAUCCAGUGCCAAAACAAUUACCCGGCAGCCCCAAGGUUACUUGGUACAUGGGUUUGCGUUCAAGAAAAUGCACGACACGGUACUCAUGUAAAUCCAACGGUGCUAAAAUUGGCCAGUCUCCACGCUCUGGCGUAGAGGAGGAUAUUUGGUCUGGCGCUACUCCUGAUUUAGACAGGCUGUUUAUAGACCUUCCCGAGGAUCUAGGCUGCUGAUGGGUAGCCGCUACCAUAGACGGGCCUCUUUCGUCUUAACCUUGGAGUUGGUCUGUUCACCCGCGAAGGAAUACUUGUUUGAAGAUAAAGGCGGUAUGCGGGCCAAGUGAAAAUAUUGCACAACCGUGGAAGUUGCGGAUAAGGCAAACAUACGGAUGCUGCAUUCUGCGGCGCUGCUAGUCUAUUACCUUUAUGUGUUCCCGUCUGAUUUACAACGACCUGCCUGUAAAUGAAGCUAGCAGGUGGCGUCACCUCCUCUCCGAGUGGAUUGGUUGGUGUGUGAACACACCCGUGGCGGGAGGCGGCAGAGCAACAUUUUACCGCGGCGAAGGAGAACAGGCUACCCGCGCACCGGUAGAUUGACUCGCAGGAGGACAGCACCCCCCGAGGCUACAUACGUCACCAUUAAUUCACGCGACGUACGGCCGGACGGUAACAUCGCCGGGGAGGGAGCGGACCGGGGGCAGGGGUUUGGGAAGGACGCAUCGGUAACCGUCUCCGCACCUCAGCGGGCUCGGCAAGGGAUGAACCAAGGAGUGGCGAUAGUAAGGAGUUGUUUCCUGCUGUGUCUGGUGACUUGGAGCAUCCGCGGACAGCGGGGAAGCGGAGACGACACCGCGCCGGAGCAUCUGUCAUUACGGAAGCCCUACAAACCGCCGCCUGAGUGCAUGGAGGAGAUUUACGUAACCAGGACAGGCACCAUCCAAUCACCGUCCUACCCCAGACAGUAUCCACUGGACACAGAGUGUAUAUACAUCCUCACCGCACCGGAAGGGUACGUGAUUCAGGUGGACUUCCACGGCAUGUUCGACAUCGAGCGGUCCUACAACUGUAAAUACGACCACGUGGAGCUGCGGGACGGCAUGUACGGCUUCUCCGACCUGAUUGGUCGAUACUGUGGGGACAACGCGCCUGCGCCGGUCAAAACCACGGGGCGGAAUCUGUGGGUGAAGUUCUACUCAGACUGGGUGAUCGAGGGAGCCGGGUUUGAGAUGAGAUACAGGGCGGAGCCAGAUCGCACAAUCAGGAAGAAAGAGCCAGAUUGCAACUUCCGUGUAAGCGGUAUCAACGGCACGGCGUCGUCCAGCAGUCUGCGGCCGCUGAUGGACAGAUGGGCGACACCUCAGGACGGACUGGACUGUACCUGGAUCAUCUCCGUGCCUUACGGAUACAAGGUGAAUCUCCGCUUCACGGAGUGGGACCUGGGGCACUUUAACCAGUGUGACCGGAGUUACGUGGAGGUGUACGACCGGACCAGCGUGGCGGAGGAGAUGGCUGCCCGGUACUGCGGUAACCAGGCCCCGGACCUCCAGUCCCGCAGUAACGUCAUCUUCAUCCGCUACUGGAUGAGAUAUGACGAGGAACAUCUCUACACGGGGACGUUCAGGGCUCUGUUUACAGCGUAUGAGGAUCCGGAGGGCGGCAGAUGUAAACGCGGGAUGUUCAGCUGUAUCGGGCAGAUGUGCAUCAACGACUCGCUAGUGUGUAACGGUGAACAGAACUGCCACUACCCGUGGGACGAGCAGAAAUGUGAGGAGCCAUCUGGAACCCCGCCCAUCUCCGAUGAAAACCUGGUGACGUUUGGUAUCGCCUCCUCCGUGGUGGGACUGAUUCUGAUCGGCGCGAUCGUCCUGGGCUGCAGGCAGCCUCGCCGGAGACCCGCGGGAGGGAAGCCCCAGAACGUCAACCUGCCCAAGCGGGAGAUGAACCACUGCUCCAUCGGCGGCAACCCGACCAUGAACUGCGACAGGACCCAGCAGACGUUAGAGCUCGUCUCCAUGUCCAUGUUCGAGUCUCCGAUCAAGCCGGACGGUCCUAACGACCGCUACCCCCCGCGCGUGCCUUCCAUGGUGACAUUUUCCCCCGUCAGUUCUCCGGGGAGGUGUUUGGAGGACGACUACGGGUCGACCCCGCGCCUGCCGAACGCGGACGUCCAUCGCUGCUGGAGCAGGAGUAGCAGCAGGUCGCUAACCGGCGGCGGGGGCAGGUACGGCGGUAAUGUGGCCGAUGUACAAGGAGAACUACAGCACGAUAGAGAAGAGCCGCCGCCACCUAUACAUACCCAACAGGACUCCAUGGAACUGGAACUGGAGCCGUUGCCGGUGACUGUCAUCAAUGAUUACUGUAGCCAGCCGCUGCCCACUGUGGAAGAGGUAAGCGGCUCUGAGGAAGAAGCGGAGAGGAUAGACAUCCAGAUACAGGAUCCCAAAAUGGUCAGGUCUACGACGGUAUGA